UUUAGUGGAGCACUGUGUGUAUAAUAUGUACAUAUGUGCGCGUAUUUAAUUUUCAGCGAUAGUAAAAUAAAGAAUUGGCGCACGAGUCGCGAGAAAAAAAAUAAGUUACAAAAAUUGAAAUCGUAAUAAAGCACAUUUACCCAUAAACGUAUGCUCACGCACUUCGCUUUGCGCCGCUUGCAUUUUGAAUGCCGCCAAAGUAAUGAAACUCAACUUGAGUGCUUUGCAUAUUUACUGAGCACCGCAGCGCGCCGGUCAUGCUUCGCAGCGCUCAAAGCGCUCAUAUGGGGAAAUGCCUCCCUUCGAUGCUUUGCGACCAAAAAUACCGCACACCCCUGUGAUUUUACUCACUACUAGAGUUUAGUUAGUUGAACGGCAGGCGAGAACGUGUGUGCUUAACAAUAACUGAAUGACUGCAAUAUAUUUUAUAAAAGCGGCAGCAGAGAAAAAAUAAUAAGACAACGGUCUGCAAGAGAAUUUGCAACAAAUUGAAAAAAAUCGAUUUUUUGUGCGUAAGCAUUCGCAUAAGUGAACAACAUCUGUGCACAAUACACACACGGCGGUGGGAUAAGCUAAAAAUAUACUUACAAUAUAACUUUUUGAAUUACUUAAAACAAAGUAAAUUGCAUUUUGUAGCAGACAAAUAUAAAAUUAUAAAGUAGUUACACCUAAUACAAAAACAACAACAUUAAGUGGAAAAUUUGAUAACAUCCACGAUGUGUACAAAAAAUGAAAGUACCAGCCCGCUGACAGCCUCCAGCCGUGGGAGCAACAGUGACGGUGAAUGCGAAAACAACAACUGUAGCAGUAAAUACAACAAAGGCAGCAAGCCGGUUGAUACGGCCGCCGCCACUGUAUUGAUGGAUCAGCGUUUCUCCCAGCAAGUGGAGAGUGUGUUUCCACAAAAGCGUCAGGAUGUGCUAAAAUGGUACGGUUGGGGUUAUAAAGAUUCGCAGUUCUACGCGGACAAUGGCAUCAUUGGCUUCAAGGGCGACAAAUACCCUCUUGAAGGUUGCACCCUGCCCUACUUCACCGACUGGGUUUAUAGUAAAUUCAACUUGCGCGUCAGCGACAAAACACCCUUCCCGAAAAUGCCUACCGAGUUUCCGACACCCACCUUAAAUGCGCCUUUCAUGCGUGAUCUACAAGCGACCAAGCUCGUGUGCUCACAGUCUGGAGAGGAUCGGCUGAUACGCUGUCACGGCCAGACACUACACGAUAUCUAUCACCUUUGGCGCAAUGAGUUCAAACGCAUACCCGAUAUUGUUGUUUGGCCACGCAGCCACGCUGAUGUUGCGCAGUUAGUGACGCUCGCGCAUAAAUACAAUGUGGUUAUUAUACCAUACGGCGGUGGUACUUCAGUCUCUGGCUCCAUUACUUGCCCCCAAGCGGAGAAACGUAUGAUCUGCGUAUUGGAUACAUCGCAGAUGAAUCGCAUGUUGUGGUUGAAUAAAGCCAAUUUGACCGUGUGCUUUGAGGCGGGCAUUGUGGGUCAGGACUUGGAGCGGGAAUUGCGUAAGCUGGGCUUGACUGUUGGCCAUGAACCGGAUAGCUAUGAGUUCUCAACACUUGGUGGUUGGGUGGCAACACGGGCCUCUGGCAUGAAGAAGAAUGUUUACGGAAAUAUAGAGGAUUUGGUGGUGCGCGUGCGCAUGGUUAUCGCUACUGGUGGUGUACUAGAGCGCGAGUGCAUGGCGCCGCGUGUAUCCUGCGGGCCGGAUUUCAAUCAUGUAGUUAUGGGAUCUGAGGGCACACUUGGUGUUGUGACUGAGGUGGUGCUGAAAGUGCGUCCACUGCCACCGGUUAAACGUUACGGCUCACUAGCCUUUCUCGAUUUCGAGAGCGGCGUACAAUUUAUGCGAGAAGUAGCGCGUCGACGUUGCCAACCGGCGUCAGUGCGUUUAAUGGACAACGAGCAAUUUAUUUUGGGCCAAACUCUAAAGCCAGUAAAAGGUUGGCUGGCCAGUUUGCUGGACGGCUUGAAGAAGUCUUACGUUACGAAGUGGAAGGGACUGGAUUUGACAAAAAUGUGCGCGGCAACGUUGUUGUUUGAGGGUGAAGAGGGAGACGUGCAACGGCAGGAGGCACUCAUUUAUGAAAUUGCUAAGCAGUUCAAAGGAUUUCCGGCAGGUAGUCAAAACGGCGAACGUGGCUACAUACUGACCUUUGUCAUUGCGUACAUAAGGGAUUUUGCAUUGAAUCAGCAAAUCGUUGCUGAAUCUUUUGAGACAUCUGUGCCCUGGGAUCGCUGCAGUAUAUUGUGUCGCAAUGUGAAGCGCCGUGUAGAAGCGGAAUGUCACUCACGUGGCGUGAAGCACUUUCUUAUAUCUUGCCGUGUCACGCAGACCUACGAUGUUGGCGCCUGUGUUUACUUCUAUUUCGGCUUCAAACAUACCGGUAUAACUGAUCCUGUUGCGACAUUCGAAGAGAUUGAAACGAGUGCGCGUGAUGAGAUUCUUGCCUCGGGUGGCUCGCUCUCCCAUCACCAUGGUGUUGGAAAAAUACGUGGUAAAUGGUAUGAGAAGACCGUCUCGAGCGCCGGCAGUGAGCUGUAUGUGGCGGCGAAAAGGCAACUAGAUCCGAAGAAUAUUUUCGCAGCGGGAAAUUUGCUACUUGAGGAAAAAUGGCGAGCAGAAAGCCAAAAGAGGGAAGAAGUAGUGGCGCCACAAGAAACUAGCGCCGCGUCGAGUUCAUUACUAAAGGCGAAACUUUAAACUUGGAAAAAACCUAAAAAUUUCUAAGAGGCAUUAGUUUAAACUUGGCUUUAGUGAAAUGUAGUGGAAUUACUCAAAAUGUGUGUGUGUUCUUUUUUACUUUUGUAAUAGUACUAGGAUAAUAUGAUUACUGUUAUGUACGAGCCAGAAAAAAAAACUUAAUUUGUUUACUUACUUAAAUAUUGUUUAUGAACCGAAAUUUUGCCAUAUUUUCACUAUAAAAUAGUAUUACUUGCGAUAAGUGUGUAACCAUAAUUUUUUAUUAUUAU